CCACAAAUUUCACGCUUUCGGAUUUUGGUAAUAGUUGCUCUUUCAUUACUUUCAUUUCCGCAUUUCCUUGCUGCAUCGGCGUUUACCUGAGAAAUCACAUUUUCUCUCUCCUCUCGAACUGCCGAAGUUUUCAUCUGAUUUCAUUCAAUACAGAAGGUUAUUAUUUUUUUGUCGCGGCCUGAAGGAUGGUAGAGUCAGAGGCACCUUUUUAUCCCAGGGAGAAGCUUAUUGAGAAGCAAAAGUACUUUCAAAGCAUCCACAAGCAUACAUAUCUAAAAGGACGCAUGGACAAGGUCACCUCUGUUGCUAUUCCUCUUGCUCUAGCCGCUACUUCAUUGUUCCUAGUUGGUAAAGGACUCUAUAACAUGUCUCAUGGAAUCGGGAAGUAAGAAUGAAUAGACAAUAUAAGUAGGAAUCAAUAGACAAAAUAUUGUCUAUUCGCAGCUGAUAUGAACUGCUUUGACAUGGCAUUGAUGUUGAAAUUUUCCUUGAACUUGUAAUUUUGUUUCCAUUUCAAAAUUUCAGUGGCAUCCUUUUGGAGAAUUACAUGUAAUAAUUUGCAUUAUCAAUUGAUGAUUUCAGAUUAUCCUUUAAAA